AUGGAAAACUCAGCUACUUUUUCGUCGUCGUCAGUUAAGUUCACUGAGCACAAAACCCGCAUUACAAUGCUGAAUAAAUCCUUGUUACCCAUCGGAGAAAAGGUUUCCAACCGACGGGAGUCUUCGGAGGUCAAUGCUAUGGUUGCUGGAACUAGAGUUGUCAGGAUAUCAGUCACUGACGCCUACGCUACUGAUUCCUCCGGUGACGAACAAGAAGUGUUCUUCCGCCGGAGAAGAGUGAAGAAGUUCGUUAACGAGGUUACGAUUAAAGCUCGUUCCGGCGACGAUUGUAAUGUUUACUGUAACGGAAACAGAAGCGUGGCAAGGACGGCGGCGACUCGGCGGAAGAACGCGAACGCCGCCGUGAAACGUGAUGUUGCGAUGAAGAAACGGUUGAAGGUUAAUUCUGGCAAGAAGUUUCGCGGCGUACGGCAACGGCCGUGGGGAAAAUGGGCGGCAGAGAUCAGAGACCCGACUCGGCGCGUUCGGCUAUGGCUUGGAACUUAUGAUACAGCCGAAGAAGCUGCAAUGGUGUAUGAUCACGCGGCUAUCCAGUUGCGUGGUCCCGACGCGCUCACCAACUUCACCGUUCCACCGCCGGAAAAUCUCCAGUUACCGGAAAAGAAACUUUCGUCUGUCGAUUCCGGUUACAACUCCGGCGAAGAAUCACAAACAAACAACAAAGCGUCGUCACCGAAAUCCGUUCUCCGGUUCUCCCCAUCUUCCACAGACGAGUGCGUUGCUGAGUCGACUCAACACAGUCCUUUACACGACGCCAUUAAUGAACCUUCAGUAUCGGAAAACUUCUCCGAUUUCCAACCGUUCAACGAUCCGUUUUCCACCUCGGAUCUAUUCGACUUUCCGGAUUUCGUACCCGACAUUUACGACCCGAAUACCAUGUUUCAUAGCUCCGACCCGGCUGACGUAUUCCUCGGAUGCGGUAACGAUUUCGCAUUCGGAUCCUCAUCCUGGCCCGCAGAUGACUACCUCCAAGAGUUUGGCGACGUAUUCGGGUCGGACCCUCUCGUCGCUCUUUAGAAA